CAACAUCCAAACAUUGAAAUGGUGAGUGACAUUUUGAAUUUAAAAACAGCUGCAGAUUUCCAUUUCCUGAAAAGUGGCGUUUGGUCCACAAGUGAAAGAAUGCAUGUGCCUUGAAUGAAAAAAUAAAAAAAACAAAAUGAACGGAAGGCAAUACAUGGAAAUUAGAAAGGGGAUCAGAGGUUAUGAGGCCUGUAUAUCACAAAUAAGACGUCAACAGAAAAAUUUAAAAAGCAGGCAAUAUUUGCUUCGGGUGAUUAUACAUUAUGCUAGUUUACACAUUGCACAAUUACACCGAUAGGAAAAACGGAUUAAAAAAAACAGCAAAAUUAUAGAAUAUGUUGCGAAGCUUGCAAAAUAUCCAAUGAGAACGAUUCCAUGAUCACAUCGAGGUGCAAAAAGAGGAGAGGUCCAAAAACUGUUCAUAACAUCAUAGAACCAAUAAUAUUACCGUGGAGUAGUAAUAUAGUUCUUGUUCCAAAUUACUGUCAGAGAAUUUAAGGAAGGCCUGUACCAAGAAUAAGCUAAAUCUACAUGUUUAUAAAAUACAAAAGAAAAAACAACACAAUAGCUUACAAAAACAAUGUAAAACACAAAAUAAAAAUCAUGAUAAAAAAGCAGCUUAAAAUUCGACUAGAACAAUACACGGUCUCAGGUUUAGAAAAUAUAAAGCGAUGUUACCAAAAAUAUUCGGAAAAUACUAGAAGAUAUAUACAUGUAUAAACUCAAGAAAACUCAACAUAUUACAUGUAUUAAAUAAAAUCUGGUUUUAACUGCCGCUCCAUAUUUUUAACAUCUCUGUUCAGUUCAACUCACCCUGUUAAGCCAGCCACCAUCCAGGCCCUCUGAGAGGAGUGGGAUCGAAUCCUACAAGAUACCAUACGCGCGCGGGAUUAUCAGCAGCACGAAAUCUACGAAAAUGGGCAGCACACUCGAUAGUGACAACAUCUUUACAAUUUCUCCACUUGUAUUACCGAUGCACAAAAACUUUAAAAGCCACUCUUAUCCAGAUUAGUCCGUUAUCACGCUUCAGUGAAAAUAACAAUUAAUACAUCUUAAUAUAAAAAUUAUCAAAACAUUACUUUUACCUAAUUUAUUACAACCAUAGAAAUAUAUAUAAUCGAAUAAGUGAUCCCAAUCAAAUUCUGAGUCAUUCAUUUCCCCAAAGUCCGACAACACAACAUGUACACAAAUAAGUAAGCAGCUCAGAUUACCUCCCUUCUAUAAGUAGAGUACAUGUAUACUUUCUAAAUGACUUUCAUGUAAAACUGAUAAAGAAAUGACCUAUUUCCUUAAUAUUGGUAAUUAAUACAAACUUCUUAUACUUUAUCGCAGGACAUGUUUUAAAUCCACAAUGUUGUUCUCGUUUAGAGUUGUCAUAUUUGUUCCAUUGUUGAUGCACGGAAUUCUCGCGGAUGAGGUACCCUGCUCUCCACGACAAUUUGACCAGGAUUCCACAGUUUGCGUAUGUAACUCAACUUAUUGCGAUUAUGCCGGGAUUGAGGGUGGCGGACUACUUUUCACAUACUUUAACGCUUUUGUAACCACUAAAGACGGCCUCAGACUGGACCGACAACUUGGUUCAUGGGACGACCAGAUACAGCCAAACAAGUACGUCUUUAACUUGGGAAACAACACCAGGCAAACAAUUCUCGGUUUUGGCGGUGCCUUUACUGAUUCCGCUACCAUGAACAUGAAUAGUUUAUCACCUCAAGCCAGAGCUAAUUUGAUUAAUUCUUAUUACGGACAAAAUGGAAUCGAGUAUACCAUGGGACGAAUUCCAAUGGCGAGCUGCGAUUUUUCAAGUCGAGUUUAUUCUUAUGAUGACAUAGAUGGUGACCUUGAAUUGAAGGAAUUCGCCCUGGCGGAGGAAGAUCUCGUGUAUAAGAUUCCUGCUAUUAAAGAUGCAAUGAAAGUGAGUAAAAGAAAUGUUACAUUAUUUGGAAGUCCAUGGAGUUCGCCAUUUUGGAUGAAAACUAACAACAAUAUGACAGGUAAAGGUACUAUCAAAGGUGGACCGAAUGGACAAUAUGCUAAAGCAUGGGCGAACUAUUUUGUGAAGUUUUUACAAGGAUAUAAACAACUAGGACUCAACAUGUGGGGCCUUACAGCACAAAAUGAGCCAAAUGACGGUAAUAUCGACGGGUUUCCAUAUCAGUGUCUCGCUUUCGAUGCUGAGUCACAGAAGAACUUCAUCGCUAAUGAAUUAGGUCCAGCGCUAGAGCAAAACGGCUUCGGUGGCGUAAAGCUGAUGAUUCUAGAUGACGAAAGAAAAUAUCUGCCAGCAUGGGCUGACACAGUUCUAAAUGAUCCUUUUGCCGCAAAAUACGUUUCCGGAAUAGCCGUCCAUUGGUAUGACGACAUGAACGUUCCGCCUUCAGUUCUUAACGAUACAUUUAAACAAUUUGGAGACAAAUAUUUUCUUCUCAACACAGAAGCUUGCGUCCAGGAUCUAGCAAAUAAGUCUAAUACAGUGUUGCUUGGCAACUGGCAACGUGGCGAGAGAUAUUUUACGGACAUUUUGCAAGAUAUUGAAAACGGAGUUUCCGGUUGGGUUGAUUGGAACAUGGCACUAAAUAUGCAAGGAGGGCCAAACUGGCAAAAUAACUUCGCCGACAGCCCGGUAAUUGUGAACGCGCAGACGGACGAGUUCUAUAAACAGCCUAUGUUUUACGCAAUGGGACAUUUCAGUAAAUUUGUGCGACCAGGAUCGAAAUUGAUAGACCAUACAUCCAAUCUUCCCGAUGAUUCAGAUCUAAAAGCAAUCUUCUUCACGAGGGAGGACGAUUCAAUCGCCGCUAACUUUGUUAAUACGAAUAACACGACAAGUUUCGACAUUACUAUCACAGAUUAUAGAGUUCCCGGGUAUCUGAAUUAUCAAAUUCCCCCGAAAUCUUUUGUAACAUUUAUUUGGUACAGAAUCUAAUAUACAUGUAUAUUUUUUCGAGGCUGCUUUUUUACGGUGGGUAUUCUUACGGUGAAUUGAAAUACAAGAUAAUUUACUAAAUUAUCAAUAAUCUAUUUAAACGAAUGGAAAGUUUAUACAUGUUUUUUUUUAUUUAGAUUGUGUAUGUAGCUAUAAGCUUAUAGACACAUUGUCGAAUCUGUUCUUGGAACCAACCAGUACUUAGCAAUGAGGACAAUGAUACAACAGCUUGUCCCGACAGGAUUUAAGCCCACGUGGCUAGUACUCCAUAGAUGACUACUUUACGUGCUAAUCACUCGACCAUGUUCAGAUAUAAAAGAAGAGUAAGAGAACAACUGCUCGAAAAUGUAAAAUAAUGUGCGUAAACGCUAACUAGUUUAACAAAGAGUGCAUUUCAGUAUGUAGUUGUCCACACAACUUUUGACUGCUUUUCAAUAUUAAAUCGUUUAUGAUUAUAUUUUCUUUCCGCGUGUAAAUUGGUUCCGUUCACGUUGUAACAAUGUAAUGUAUGGUAUAAGUACUUCGAAUCCCUAU